CGCUGCACUCGACGCUCGAACGCCGGGAAAACACGAGUCGUUUUCCUCCGCGACGUUACACCGAAGUUUCGAAUUCGGAUUACGGUCGCAUUCGAAUUUCGAAAGUUACUUUUUUUAACAAUAGUAGGUAGUUCUUAAUUGUAUGGACCACAGAGUAACGUUUUAAAUAUAAAUUUUAUAAAAGUUCAUGUUUCGUUAAUGUUUCUUUUUUUUUUUGAUAAAUUGGUAUUUGUGAAAAGUGGUUGGAAAACAUAAACUUGUGGGAUGUUUGUGAUUUGUCUCCGACCGUCUUGAUUGUGAUUUAUAGUAAAGCUGCUGUUGACGCAGUUUUGGUUCUAAAUUAAAUACUAAGCCCAUCAAUCAAGACGCACUCCACGGGACAAUUGGAGCGGAUCGCGGACAUCGGUAGCACUUAACAUGUCCAACUACACUAUUCAGUGAUCAUCCGAAUGAUGACAAGUGCCGAGUGAACUUGAGCAAAGGAUACAGCAUUCUGUUAUCGAUGAACGACCUAAAUUAUAACGCAGGGAUGAGCUCCUACCAGUUCGUCAAUUCCCUAGCCUCUUGCUAUGGGAACCAGGCGCCAGGACGCACUGGGACACCCGUGGAACAGACCGGUCAUCCCGGUCUUCCCACACCAGGAGCGGAUUAUUACAAUCCCAAUACAGCAGCAUCUGCUUAUCCUAAUGCCUGCUACUCGCCACCACAAGUCAGUCAUCACUACCCUCAACAUCCAUAUGCAACACCCGCAACUGGCACACAUAUGCAACCACAAUCAAUGAUUGAUUACACCCAAUUGCACCCUCAAAGACUUGGAAGUACGGCAAGUCAUAUGCAUCAUUCGAAUCCUAGUCCUGGAGCCUUAUCGCCCAAUUUGAUGUCAACUCCGCCCAGCCAAGCCGCUGGUGCUAGUUGUAAAUUUGCUGAUUCGACUUCCACGACGGGUGUUGCAUCUCCUCAGGAUUUAUCCACUUCGUCGGGGCCGGGGAGAACUUCUCCAGGAUUUGGAAAUGUUAGUGGUCAAAAUUCAACUACUACCAGCACCAAAUUAGGACUGACAACUCCUAUCGCUUCUCCGGUAGAGCAUAAAGCUAAUGUAAAUCAAAAUAUCUCCAGUCCAGCUUCGAGUACAUCAAGCAAUGAAAGCAAUGAGGCUAAUAAUUCUAGUUCAAAUAAUACGAAGAAUUCGAAGUCAACAUCCAACACGCAAGCAAAUCCUCCUCAGAUAUACCCGUGGAUGAAGAGAGUGCACCUAGGACAGAGUACAGUGAACGCGAACGGAGAGACGAAACGUCAGAGAACUUCGUACACCCGGUACCAGACGCUGGAGCUGGAGAAGGAGUUCCAUUUCAACCGGUACCUGACACGGAGGAGACGGAUCGAGAUCGCGCACGCACUAUGUCUCACUGAGCGCCAGAUCAAGAUCUGGUUCCAAAACAGGCGCAUGAAGUGGAAGAAAGAACACAAAAUGGCAUCAAUGAACAUCGUACCCUACCAUAUGAAUCCAUAUGGCCACCCCUACCAAUUCGAUCUUCACCCGAGCCAGUUCGCGCACCUCUCUGCAUAGGAUCAGUGGAAUUUUUCGAACAGCGGAUAACUGAUUUAUUAAACUAGACAGUCGACCGUACUACACGGGGUUGCAUGUAACAUAGACUUUCGACGAAAGUGUUGAUGCUACAGCAACCAGACUGGAUCAGUUAUUCGCUGUUCGAAAAAUUACUCUAGUAUAGCAUAAUUCUGUUAAAAUUGUUGUUGAGACAUUUUAAAGUGACGAUAAAGACACGGUUCUGUGCUUCAUGAUGUGAAAUUGAGUGGUAACGAGUGAACUACGAGAAUGCAAGAAUACUACGUUAAUUUAAGACCGAAUAUCCUUAAAUUUCGACAGAUUAAAUUUAAAUUAAGAUAUCAACGACAUUAAAUUUGUCUAAUAAUAUAUAAUCCUUGAUCUAUAUGAUUAGAUUUUGGGUUUAAGAAAUGGUCAUUGCGAUAAUUGAUUGUAAUAUGUCGUCGUGAUCAAAAAACGAUAAAUCAUCGUUAAAGUUUGAAGUAGAAAGAAUUUUACCUAGUCAUAAGCUGUAAUUCGAUUUGCAUAUUAUACGUAAAAAUGUAAGAUAAAAAACAACUGAAUACCGAAUAGUGUAUAUUGUGAUGGCUAGACUGUAAUGUAGAAGAGUGUUACAUUGUAAUCAUGCAGCUCAACAAACAUAAUGACACACAAAUUUAAAUUAUAAUCUAUUAGCCGUCACACGAAAAACAAAUUCGGAGUUGUACAGGGAUAGAUUAAAAAUUGGUGAAUCCAAAUCAACUGUUUAAACAAAAAGGAUGUAUCAAAAAUAUAUUUAGAUCUGUCAUAUUAUUGUAUUUCUUUAAUGAUUUUAAAUAUGUCAUGUAUUACUUAGGGAGGGCUUGUAAAAGAGCUGUGAACUUAACUAGGUGAAGUAAGCUCAGUAAGUACUAUAUAAACAAAUUGUGAAUAGGUAGAUAUUUCUUCUCAUUGAUGUAAAUAAUUUGUCGUUUAGUAGGUACAAUAAAAGUUUAAUAUAUUUCAGUAUACUUCCCGAAGAACUGCUUUAUGUUCCUGUUCUUAGUUGUAAAUAAGAAAUAUUUAUCAUAACGCUAUAAAUACAGUGUACGUAAUGUAACAUUAAUAAGGAUACUUUAAAUAAAAUAGGUAUUUUAUUUGAAAUUUCGACAAACGAUACCAAGUAAAUUUUCAUGUGACUAUACCUACGUACUUUAAUCUUAAAUGUCGUAUAUGUAAAAUGUACUUAAAAAUAUUCUUAGCGAUUAUUGUUUUUCUUCAUUUCUUCUCACAAAGAAACGCGAUUGUUAUUCAUUAGUUUCAAUUAAAAUGUGCAAAUCAUCGCUUUCGAUUUUGUUAUCACAUAUUACUAUAAUUGUCGUGGUCAACUGUGAUAUUUUGUUAAAUUUAUUCUUAAGUGAAACAGCGCAAUCUAUGUUCGUAUAUUCGAUUUUUUUCUCAGAAAGUAUGUUUGUAUUGCUUAUUUUUGAUUUACUUGACUGGUUCAUUUGUUACUUUAUUUAUUGUUUGUAAAUAUAGGUACGUCACAUAGUGUUAAUGAAUUAAAUAAUGUUCAAAUUCUUAUUGCGUAAGAACUUCGCAUGUAUUAUGUUGAUAAUGCUUCUAACGUUAAUUUUCUGUGCAAUAGGACGUGGCCUAUUUUCCCUUCCAUUCUUUUUUUAUCAGUCAAUUGUAAAAACUUUUCUUUAAGUUACGUUGUUUCUUUUUAACUAAAUACUUAUAAAUAUGUUUAUCGUUCAUUCCAAUUUAAAUGAGAACUAUAGAAAAGUAGCAACUUGAUCAUUUAAAUUAUUGUAUUGUAUUAAUAAAUUGUAUUAAAUUUGAAAAAUUGGUGAAGAUGAUAAA